CUCAGGAACUCUGUGCUUCCAGCGUUCAGCUGUCAACAGGCUGGGCAAGAAAUGAGGCUCAGACAACGACGCAGUACUUGGAAGUGAUAACAAUACAACGUUUUGUUACUGUCCUGUAAACUGUUCAUCUUCAUUCAGUGGAUUUUGUAAUCCUGCUUGCGCGAGAGAUUAUGAACUCGGGACACGCAGAUGCUGAGACGAUGCUGGAUUGAAUGGCACUGAGGAUACGAGGCUGUGACCCAGCGGGAGCACUGUGAUGGCCAGCCGCCACAGUAGCCAUGCAGACAAAGUCAAAGCUCCUCCUCCCUCAGCCUCACGGCCACCAGCCGUGCCCAAGCUCCACGUCCAGGGCUCGCUGUCCCGGGAGUCCAUCACCAUCCACUUCUCGCCCUUGGGCAAGGAGGAGGAGGAGGAGGAAGAGGAGCUCUAUGGGGCAGUUGUGUCCUCUCCUCCUCCCCCUGCUGGAGCCAAGGAGGACCCAGGCAUUGUGACGGCCCUGGAGGCCAGCGAGGAUCUGAUCCUUGAAGGAGCUGGGUUGUACUCUGAGGCUCAGGCUGCAGUUCUGCCUAUGUCGUCCUCAACUGGUCCUCAAAGCUCCAUCACCUCCACAUUACCCUAUGAACCGAAGAGCUCCUCUCCUUCCCCUGCCUCCACCUUCAACUCCUCUCCCUCCAAAUCUAGCGACAAACCCUUCUUCAGCCUGGUCAAGUCUCUAUCCUCUGACAUUGUCGAGCCUUCUGAGAUUGCCUCCAUCUCCCCCGCUGCCCCCAUUUCCGUGCGCCACCGCCACCUGAUGAAAACCCUGGUCAAGUCACUCUCCUCUGACACCUCCCAGGAAUCCCCACCUUCCUCCUCCUCCUCACCCUACCGCCUCUCGGACUCCCGCCUCAACCUGCACCUCUUCAAGCAGUUCACCCAAUCCCGUGCACCGGUGGGCGUCGUCGCCGGUGGUGACUCCAAGACCGCCCCCUCCUCGACGCUCACCUCCCCAGACAGCCUUAACUUCUUCAAGGCGUCCGUGGAGGCAAGCAUCGAGGACACUAAGCGCCGUUUCUCCGAGGCCAUCUCCGAGCCUCUCCAGCUGUUCAAUAAGAUCAUGGAGGACAAGAGCGGUGGCAUUGGCAGCAGUGCCUUCCGGUCCAAAGCGCUCUCGUCCAGUGCUUCGGAGCUCACCUGCCUGGCCUCCCUCAACAACAGCCAACCGGAGAGCAACAACAACAACUACAGCAUCAAGGAGGAGGAAACCGGGGGCGACUGGGAGUCCGAAGGAGCCGCAAACGGAGCCAGCUCCAUUGGCUCGCCAAAUCCCACCGCUGACACCAGUCACACCAGAAGUCCUAAGAUGUCUUCCUCCGCUUCCGCCUCUCUCGGCCUGGACAAGUGCUCCAUGUCAGCCCUGGCCAAGCUGGAGGACGAGGACUUCUGCAUCCUGUCUAGUGAGGACUUUGAGGAUACCGAGGGGGAUUCUGGAGACAGAACGGACAGUACAUGCAGCCAAGUCAGACUGCCCCCUAGUGGCAGUCCGGAACUAUGCAGUGACGACAAGUCAGAGGGAGAAGAUCCACCACCCAGCAUUCCACACUACACCCUGAUCAUCAUUACAGCGCUGGUCUACGGGUACUUUGUGUUGCCACUGCCCACCUACGUUGGGGGUAUGCUGCUGGGAGUGGGACUAGGGUUCAUGCUAGCUAUCGCUGUGGUGUGGUUGGCCGGACCCAAGUCUUCUGGCAAUCGCACCAGACAUCCCAGACACAGGGAGAAGCUGUGGAACAUGGCCCAGCUGGGCAUCAAAGAGCCAAGCAUCUUCAAGGGCUGGAUGAACGAGAUAGUGAACUAUGACCCGGAGACAUACCACGCCACUCUGACCCACUCUGUGUAUGUGAGACUGGAGGGCUCCAUCCUGCGCCUGUCCAAACCCAACCGCAACAUCACCCGGCGGGCCACGCAUAACGAAACCAAGCCCGACGUCACCUACAUCAGCCAGAAGAUCUACGACCUCACUGACAGCAAGAUCUAUCUGGUGCCCCAGAGUCUGGCCAGGAAGCGUGUGUGGAACAAGAAGUACCCUGUCUGCAUCGAGCUAGCCAAGCAGGAUGACUUCAUGUCCAAGGCAGAGGGCGACUGCAGCGAAACCACAGACGAGAAAGCCACAACCACAGGAGAGGCGACCGUGGGGACGGAGGAGGCCAAAAGGUCCAGUGGUCCAGAGCUGACCCUGUACCUGUUUGGUCGGACGGGGAGGGAGAAGGAGGAGUGGCACCGGAGGAUCCUGCUGGCCUCCAAGCCUCCCAAGACAGGGAUGAAGAGAGCCACCAGUCUGCAGGGGAGUAAGACUGCCUUGAGCUCCCACAGCCGCAGCAGCAGCCGGAGCAGUCUGGACGAGGUGCUAGCGUCUCAGCCCAGGACCAGGGACUCAACAGCAGGCAUAGCAGCCAAGACUAAGUCCCUACUGGACUACAGUGUCUACAUGGCCACGCUAGUGCCCCCCGAGACUGGCACUGCCACUACUACUGCCACCCCCAUCGCUGCCACCAGUCCCGUAGUCCAGAGUCCACAGAGUAGCCCUGGGUCGGGCAAGAAGUUGCCGAGCAGCAGCAGCAUUGGCCCUGUCGUGGUGCAGGGGGAGGAGGAGCCUGUUGCCUGGGUGAACACUGUGAUUGGCCGGGUGGCAUGGGACUUCCUGAGCGAGCCCUACUGGGCCGAUGUGGUCUCCAAGAAGAUCCAGAUGAAACUCAGCAAGAUCCGGCUCCCCUACUUCAUGAACGAGCUGACCUUGACAGAGCUGGACAUGGGUGUGGCCACUCCCAGAAUCCUUGGCGCCUCCAAACCCUCAGUGGACCACCAAGGUCUUUGGUUUGACUUGGAGAUUUCGUACAGCGGCUCCUUCCUGAUGACCCUGGAGACCAAGAUGAACCUGAUCAGACUGGGGAAGGACGGAGACGGCCUGCGCAUCAGAGACAUCAGCAAGGAUGGGUACAGACCACGGACAUACUGCCUAGCUGACAGUGAUGAGGAGUCAUCCAGUGCGGGGUCCUCAGACGAAGAGGAUACUUCAGAGGUCACCAAUGAAGUCCCUGGAGCGGAGGGAUACACGGGGGGCCGCCAGCCCAGUAAGAUCAUGCGCUUCGUGGACAAGAUCGCCAAGUCCAAGUACUUCCAGAAGGCCACCGAGACGGAGUUCAUCAAGAAGAAGAUGGAGGAGGUGUCCAACACGCCGCUACUGCUCACCGUGGAGGUACAGGCGCUCCGAGGCACGCUGGCCGUCAACAUCCCACCCCCACCCACUGACAGGAUAUGGUAUGGCUUCAGGAGUCCACCCCACCUGGAGCUGAAGGCUCGGCCCAAACUGGGAGAGAGAGAGGUCACACUGGCCCACGUCACCGACUGGAUCGAGAAGAAACUGGACCAGGAGUUUCAGAAAAUCUUUGUCAUGCCAAACAUGGACGACCUGUGGCUGACCGUCAUGCACUCGGCCAUGGACCCCCGCUCUUUUGGAACGCCCUCCACCUCCACAGCCGAUACGACCCAGAGGGAAACGGAGCCCUCCGAAACAGAGGGGGGCGCCACUAACGGCAUAUGAAGGAUUGCUUACAGUAUUUGCCUGAAAUGUGUGAAUUAGAAUGGGAGCCAGGGGGCCUUGCAGUAGUAUAAGGCCUAUUGGUGUAUAAGGACAUACAAAAAUACUUCCAUUGCCACAUUGACAUUCCAAUAGCUCCAUACCCAAGGGUAUUUUUUGUCACUGGCAGAACAGGAUGACUUCAUCAGUCAUCAGAUGAACUUUGACCUUUAACAAGCUCACUGAUGGAAUGAGACAGAGGUCAGUCAACCAACCAGAAAGGAGAAACACUACAAAUACAAUCUCUCACUUGUU